AUGGCACCCACUCAACUUGCGUCGCCAGUCGAUUUGUCGCAUCACUACUCUUAUGCGGCCAAGAAUCGAGCCCCAAGCAGUAUCAAGAGUUUCUACAGGUUCUUCACUAUUCCCGGCAUUGCCAACUUUGCAGGAGGUCUACCCCAUCCAUCGUAUUUUCCUUACGAUACCCUGGAAGCGACCGUCGCUCGACCACAGCGCCUUGAACCAUCCAGCAAAAAUGAUAGCAAAGCUGAUCGACUCGUCAUUCCGAAAGAGGUCUCCACGACCGAUCCAUCUCAAAGGAUAGAUCUCAGCACGGCGUUGCAGUAUGGUACGGCCCAGGGUUAUCCACCUCUGUUCACAUUCCUUCGACAAUUUACCCGCGAUCAUCUCCAUCCCAACGUCCCCUAUGCGAAGGGUCCAGAUAUUGUGCUCUCAUGCGGUAAUACCGAUGGCUUGUCCAAGGCUGUGGAGCUGUUUACGAAUAUUUGGAAUCCCGACCGGGACUGGAUCCAGCAGCGAGAGGGCGUGCUCUGUGAGGAGUUUACCUACAUGAACGCCAUUCAGACUGUCCGACCGCGAGGCUUGAAUAUCGUGACUGUGGCUAUGGAUGCCCAGGGGAUGCUGGCACACGGUAAAGGUGGCUUGGCAGAUGUGUUGGGAAACUGGGAUUUCCGCCGAGGUCGACGCCCUCAUCUGAUGUAUACAGUAACGAUCGGUCAGAAUCCGACAGGAGCAAACCUGUCAAUGGAGCGACGAAAGGAGAUUUACGCUCUCUGCCAGAAAUUCGACGUGGUGAUUGUGGAAGAUGAACCGUACUGGAACCUGCAGUUCCCGUCUGCCUAUGAGAAAGAAGCCCACUAUCGCGGCCCUGCCGCCAUGUCGACGCCCUACAAUCGCAGCUACAACGCCGAGGGCAAGUCUUCCGGCUACGCUUUUCUAGACUCCCUGGUUCCUUCAUAUCUCUCAAUUGAUACGGAAGGGCGUGUGGUACGACUCGAUACCUUUUCGAAGACUGUCGCGCCGGGGAGUCGCCUGGGCUGGAUCACUGCGCAGCCCGCGGUCAUUGAGCGAAUCACCCGUAUCACCGAGGUGACAACACAGCAGCCUUCAGGUUUUGUGCAGUCGAUCGUCGCUCAAACUAUCAUUGGAGAACAGCUCAAGGAUAAAGGAGCCCAUGCUCUUUCCAAGCAAGACCAGCCAAACUGGCACAUGGAUGGAUGGGUCCGCUGGCUGGAGGGCCUGCGAGGAGGUUACGAGAAACGCAUGAACACCAUGUGCACCAUUUUUGAGGAGAACAAAUUCUUUUACUCGGACCAAGCCGAAGAAUCUCCCGUCGUCGACCCCAUCGACGAAUGGGAGGUCAUUGAGCGGACGCAGAUGUUGGACUUUGUCUGGCCAAAGGGAGGCAUGUUCGCCUGGAUCGAACUUCAUCUGGAGAACCAUCCGCUGCGAAGCAAAUACAGCGAGCAAAGGCUGUCCAAGGCCUUCUGGUUGCACUUGACCAAAAAGCCACACUCAUGCCUGGUGGGCCCAGGGCAAAUCUUCGCAGCCGGACCAAGUUCAGCCAAGAAGCAGCAUCGAUACAUCCGCGUGUCAUUUGCACCGAUGGACCCGGAUGACGUCACGUCAUAUUCGAACAGACUGAUCGAUGGAUUCCGAUCGUUCUGGAAGCGCAAGAAUCUUGACGGUCUUGAGGACGACGAGAACGAGCAGGCACUCGCAAUGGAGACUCUGCAGCUGAACCCGGGAAUUAGCUUUCUAGGACCUGGCUGCUGA